GUGCAUCAGGCAUACAAGGAGGAAGACGAUAUGACAAGAGAAGGCAAAUACCCCAACAUUGAACCCAAGGACUACGUACUAAUUAAGAACUGGAGCCAUGGCACACUAGAACAACGGAGGAAGGGAACAUUCCAAAUAAGAUAUACAACCAAUCAGAUUGUCAUGAACUGUGCUGACAUAGACAUCAUUACAGCAUCGUAUGUUCCAGAAGGUGGUGAAGAAAUAAAUGCAACAGGGUUCAAUUAUCAGAAUGAAGAUGAGAAGGUGACACUCUUGUUUCCUAGUGCUCUACAAAAAGGAAAUGGCACUUUGAAGAUCGAUUUUGUGGGAGAACUCAAUGAUAAAAUGAAAGGAUUUUACAGAAGCAAGUAUACCACACCGUCGGGAGAAACCAACUAUGCUGCUGUCUCUCAGUUUGAGCCAACAGAUGCAAGAAGAGCAUUUCCAUGUUGGGACGAACCUUCCAUUAAAGCAACAUUUGACAUCACACUCAUCGUUCCAAAGGCCAAAGUUGCCUUAUCAAACAUGAAUGUGAUUGAACGUAAUCCCUAUCCUGAUGAUGAAGACCUGGUUGAAGUCAAGUUUGCCAGAUCUCCAAUGAUGUCCACAUACUUGGUGGCAUUUGUGGUUGGUGAAUAUGACUUUGUAGAAACCAAGUCAUCAGAUGGCGUUCUGGUUCGUGUCUACACACCCAUUGGAAAAGCGGAUCAAGGAAAAUUUGCUCUUGAGGUUGCUGCCAGGACACUACCUUUUUAUAAAGAAUACUUCAAUGUUCCAUAUCCUCUACCAAAAAUUGAUUUGAUAGCAAUUGCUGACUUUGCAGCAGGUGCCAUGGAAAAUUGGGGCCUUAUAACAUACAGAGAAACGGCUCUCUUGAUUGAUCCAAAGCAUUCCUGCUCAUCAUCAAGGCAGUGGGUCGCUUUGGUAGUCGGCCACGAGCUUGCUCACCAGUGGUUUGGAAAUCUUGUCACUAUGGAGUGGUGGACACAUCUGUGGUUGAAUGAAGGCUUUGCUUCCUGGAUUGAGUAUUUAUGUGUGGAUCACUGCUUCCCAGAAUAUGAUAUCUGGACCCAGUUUGUUUCUGCUGACUACACACGAGCACUAGAACUUGAUGCUCUUGACAGCAGUCAUCCAAUUGAGGUUGCAGUGGGACAUCCAGCAGAAGUGGAUGAGAUAUUUGAUGCAAUUUCUUAUAGCAAAGGAGCAUCAGUGAUUCGAAUGCUACACAAUUACAUUGGAGAUGUGGAUUUCAGAAAAGGAAUGCACUUGUAUUUGACAAAAUUUCAAAAUAACAAUGCAGCAACAGAGGAUCUUUGGAGCUGUUUGGAAGAGGCCAGUGGGAAGCCUAUUAAUACUGUAAUGAGCACAUGGACAAAACAGAUGGGGUUUCCUCUCAUUUUUGUGGAAGAAGAACAGGAGGAAGAUGACAGAGUAUUGAAGAUUUCCCAGAAGAAAUUUUGUGCCAGUGGUCCAUUUACUGGUAGUGACUGUCCUCACUGGAUGGUCCCUAUUAGUAUCUGCACCAGUGAAGAUGUAAGCUGUGAUAAUAUGAAGGUGUUACUGGACCAGCCAGAGAUGACUAUCACUGUGAAGAAUGUGAAACCACAUCAGUGGAUAAAGUUGAAUCCUGGAACGGUGGGCUUCUGCCGAAUUCAGUACAGUCCAACAAUGCUUGAGAGUUUACUAUCCAGCAUCCGGAACCUUGCACUUCCUCCUGUAGACCGACUGGGGCUUCAGAAUGACUUGUUCUCACUGGCUCGAGCUGGUAUUGUCAGCACAGUGGAAGUAUUGAAAGUUAUGAAAGCUUUUGUGAAUGAGCCAAAUUACACAGUGUGGAGCAAUAUAAGCAGCAAUCUGGGGACUCUUUCUACCUUAUUAUCCCAUACAGACUUUCAUGAUGAAAUUCAAGAAUUCAUUGUUGACUUGUUCUCACACAUUGGCUUGAAGCUUGGCUGGAAUCCUAAGCCUGGCGAAGGUCAUCUAGAUGCACUCUUGAGAGGUUUGGUCCUGGGAAAGUUGGGAAAAGCUGGGCACCUACCAACAAUAGAAGAAGCACGGCGCAGGUUUAAAGAUCACUUUGAAGGAAAGCAGAUUCUCUCUGCCGAUCUACGAAGUCCUGUCUAUUUAACGGUUCUGAAGCAUGGAGAUGCAACAACACUAGACACAAUGUUGAAGCUGCAUAAACAAGCAGAUCUCCAGGAAGAGAAGGUUCGAAUUGAAAAAUUACUGGGCGCCAUCUCACACCCUGACCUUAUUCAGAAGGUUUUGACCUUUGCUAUGUCGGAGGAAGUUCGCCCCCAGGAUAUGGUCUUUGUACUCGGUGGAGUGUCGGGUGGGAGUUUAAUUGGGAGAAAAGCAGCCUGGAAAUUUCUCAAGGACAACUGGGAACAACUGUACAAUCGCUAUCAAGGGGGCUUUUUAAUAUCACGAUUGAUCAAGCUAACGGUGGAAGGUUUUACCGGUGAUAAGAUGGCAGCUGAUGUCAAGAGCUUCUUCGAGACGCACCCCGCUCCAGCAGCGGAGCGGACCAUCCAGCAGUCCUGUGAGAACAUCCUGCUGAACGGAGCCUGGCUGAAACGUGACGCCGAAGCCAUCCAGCAGUUCCUCCUGCAGCGCAAAGCGGCGCACCUGACGGUCUGAGUGGAGGAACCGCUGCCCCCACCUGAGCCGCCGUCGUCCCACUGCCUUGCCACAGGGAGGGGAGUUUGAAAGUAUAUUUCAUGGCUGUCACAGUGGCUGGAAAUGAAUGUAGUUUAUACCUCAUUUUUAAGAGAGAAAAUAAACCUAU